UCGCAGCCACUCGACCUUCACUCCCUCGGUUGGCGUUUCGUCUCGUCUGCUUCGCAGCUCGCAAGGAUGAAUGUGGAAAAAUUACAGAAGAUGGCCGGUUCGGUUCGCACCGGAGGGAAAGGCACUGUGAGGAGAAAGAAGAAGGCUGUACACAAGACAACUACCACAGAUGACAAGAGACUUCAAAGCACACUUAAAAGAAUUGGGGUGAAUGCCAUUCCUGCAAUCGAGGAAGUCAAUAUCUUCAAGGAGGAUGUAGUAAUCCAGUUCACUAACCCAAAAGUUCAAGCAUCCAUUGCAGCCAACACUUGGGUCGUCAGUGGCACUCCACAGAACAAGAAAUUACAAGACAUUCUUCCCCAAAUUAUCAACCAAUUGGGUCCGGAUAACCUCGAGAAUUUGAAGAAAUUGGCAGAGCAAUUCCAGAAACAAUCACCUGCUUCCGGCAGCAAUACAGGUUCUGGGGCUAAUGCAGCACAGGACGACGACGAUGAGGUUCCUGAGCUCGUCCCUGGUGAAACAUUUGAAGCUGCUGCAGAAGAGGGCGAGCAGAAGCACAGCCACUUGACCGCCGAAGAGGGCCAGGAAUCGCACACCAAUGCUUCUUAAGGCUUCUAUUUACAGUUUCACCGCGCCUAUGUUUCUUUGUGCUUUCCAGGUCUGUUCCAAUCCUUGAUUUUACGUUCUCUAAUGCUGUGUUUUAGAUGCUUUUCUGCGCCUACGCCAUUCAUUCGAUGUCUUCCAUUGGUUUUGUGCUCGUUGCUACCAACCAAGCUGAGUCGACCCAAAUUAUAGUUUGGUUCGCAAGCUCGGAUGCUCAAUCUUGAUUAAAGAUGAGAAAGUAUUCUUAAGUUGGAUCAAUAGAAUGGCAUUUUGAGGAAAAUGUGGCUUUGAAUUUAACGAAUUCUUCUUUGUUUUCACAGUCCAUAUAAAAUACCUCCUAAAAAUCACGUAUUUUUUUCAGGUC